AAGAAACUGGAGCCUGACUCACUUCCACCGUCAGACAGGAAGUACCUCUUAAGUGCUAGCGUAGCUGCUUUGUGAAACAGGAGCUAGUUACAUUUUAUUGUUGAUGGUUUUUCACGCUUCAGUGUUUUGUUGUCCACGUACGUCGAAGAGUAUUUUGGUUUAGUAGCCUGAUGCAAAUUGGGGUUACAUCUUGUUUUGCUGACUCCAGGAUUUGAAAAUGCAUGAGAAAUAGGAUUCUGUGCACAACCUGACCCUGCCAAGCCAUUCACUGCCUGCCACUCUGAGGCAUGGUAUCUACGAACAGAAUUGAAAUGAGCUUGUGUUGAAAUUCGGUGUUUGCCAUGGCCAUAUAAGAAUUAUUGGAUUUGCCAUUAUGGAAAAAAACCCAGAGUUUGGCAUUGUAUUUGGUAAUGUACCUUUUAAACUUGAAUGAGCUACAGCAUUAUCAUGAAAAACCUCAAGAAAGCCAAGAAGAAUUGUUACUUUGACCAAAAUGAAUGCUGUUUAUAUCGGUGGAAUGGGAACUUAAAGUAAGACUGACAAUAAAAUGUGAACGAACAAACUCUAAUUUUCAGUUUGUUGAUGUAAUGCUUACCAUCAUGCACGACUUUUCCUUGGAAUAUUAAUUUCAGAUUGUCCUAUAUUGCACUAUUAUAGCAUAGGUACUGACAUAUUAUAAAACAAUAACUGUACCAGUAUAAAUAUCAGAAAAAUGCUAUAUAGUAUUAUAUAUUUCAUGCCAGUUUCCUACAUGUGUAUUGUGUCAAAUGCAGUAUAGUAGAUGCUCCCCUAAUGUGCUGCAGUUUAUAAUUACGACUUUUAGAAUCCAAAUGAUUCUCGCUCUAGACUCUGCUGCACAACAAUACGGCGAUAGAGUUGUAUAGUAUUAUAUAGUGAUUCAUUUGGAAUUGAAGGCAGUGCUCGCAUGCAGAUGACACUUCCCUUUGUCCUAUGAAACCCUAAGCCUCCACCAUGCCUAGAAGAGGCUUGCCCUUGCAGGCCCGGACUCGCUGGCUGCUCCUGGGUGUUUCCUUGCUGCUCAGCCUGGUGCUGCUGACUUACCUCCUGGAGUGUGCGCCUCCUCCAGACAGCAGCCCGGCUCUGCCUGGGCCAGCAGGGGAGCUUGUUGGGAAGGAGUACUACCAGGCCCUUCUGCAGGAGCAGGAGGAGCGCUACCAGAACCGAGCCGCUAGCCUCAAGCGGCAGAUCGGCCAGCUCAAGCAGGAGCUCCAGGACAUGAGCGAGAAACUCAAGGCUCUGCAGGACAAGAAGGGGCUGGCCGGGGGAGGGGCCAGGGAGCAGGAGCCCAACGACCUUCUUGAGUACCUGCACUCGCAGAUCGACAAGGCGGAGGUAGGCACGGGCGCCAGGCUAGCAAGCGAAUACGCAGUGGUGCCCUUCGAGAGCUUCACCGCCACCAAGGUGUACCAGCUUGAGACGGGUCUGACCCGGCACCCCGAGGAGAAGCCUGUGAGGAAGGACCGCCGUGACGAACUGAGCGAGGUCAUCGAGGCUGGGCUGGAGGUCAUCAACAACCCAGAGGAGGAGGAGGAGGAGCAGGACGAGGAGCAGAGACUGACCUACACCGAUGUGGACUUCGUGGAAGGUCUAUACCGCACAGAGCGAGACAAAGGCACACAGUACGAGCUGUUCUACCACAAGGAGGGCGUGACCGGAUUCCGGCAAGUCACUCUGUUCCGCCCGUUCGGCCCGCUCAUGAGGGUGAGGAGCAGCACGCUGGAGGCCACCGGCACCGUCCUCAACAUCAUCGUCCCACUGGCAGGGAGGACUGAGGCCUUCGCACAGUUUAUGCGCAACUUCAGGGACGUGUGUAUACUGCAGGACAGACUUGUCCAUCUCACUGUGGUAUAUUUUGGACAGGAGGGCUUGACAGAAGUGAAAAUCAUCCUGGAAACUGUAGCAAGUGAAGCGAGUUUCUCCAACUACACACUGGUGCCUGUGGAUGAGGAGUUCUCCCGGGGACGUGGCCUGGAUAUUGGAGCCCGUGCCUGGAAGAAGGGCGACGUGCUCAUGUUCUUCUGCGACGUUGAUAUUUAUUUCACGGCAGAGUUCCUCAACACCUGCCGCCUCAACGCACGGCCAAAUAAGAGAGUGUUCUACCCAGUGGUGUUCAGUUUAUACAACCCUGCAAUCGUAUAUGGUAACCUGGAGAUAGCGCCCCCUAUGGAGCAGCAGCUGGCUCAUAAAAAAGAUGCUGGUUUCUGGCGAGAUUUUGGAUUUGGGAUGACCUGUCAGUACCGGACUGACUUCCUCAAUAUUGGAGGCUUCGACCUGGAAGUAAAAGGCUGGGGAGUGGAGGAUGUGCACCUGUACAGGAAGUACCUGCACAGUGACCUGAUUGCGGUGCGCACACCGGUCGCAGGGCUCUUUCACUUGUGGCACGAAAAGCAGUGUGCGGACGAGUUGACCCCCGAGCAGUACCGCAUGUGCAUCCAGUCCAAGGCCAUGAACGAGGCCUCCCACUCCCACCUGGGCAUGCUGGUGUUCAGAGAGGAGAUUGAGUCCCACCUGCGCAAGCAAGCCUUCCAGACACACAGCAACAGCAAGCCAGCAGAGUGAUAGGAGGUAGCUCAAGAGAAACUCCAUCUCUGCCAAAGAACAGAACCGUGCCAAGUGUUCCAGUACAAUAACGGUAUCCUACCAAUACAAGAAGAGUAGCAGCAGUGUAUCUCUAUACCUUACAGUAUGCAUCGCAACACAAUGGGAUGAUGCUGGUCAAUGGAUUAUUUUGUUAAAAGUCUUAAAUAAGAUUGCAUAGCAUAUCAUUAAUUUAAUAAUUCAAGAACCGUUUGGUAUCAGACCACACAACCUGUCUAUCACUAUUCAGAUGGGACACCGUGAAUCUUUCUAAUGUUAGUAAGAAGUGGAUUUCUAAUCACUCCUUGACGUGAUUUCAACCAGAAAUGCCUAACAGAGGAAUUUUUCCUUUUCUUUGUCUGACAUUAUUGCUUUUCCUCUGUACUCUGCGGAGCUUGCUAUGGUUACUCCUCACUAUUAGGAUCCUGCCUAUUUAGUUGACCAAGUGGCAAACAGCUUUAAAGAGGGACGAAGCUUGUGUGCCUGCAGCUGAAGUCUAAGUAACUUAAACAAACAAGAAAGUCAACCAGGUGUGAUUUCUGAUGCAUGAAAGGGUGUAGUGUAGCAUAUUUACAAGACAAAAAAGAUCAAAAUCAGUUGUCUACUUUUUCCAGCUGUGUCAUUCCGUGACCUGCUGUGUGCUGCACAUUGAUGUUGACACACAAGCAAUCCCUGCACAUGCUACAGGGAGCUUCUUUCACCUGCCUUUGAAAUUGCUGCAACAAGAGGCCUGGGGCACAAGUAAGAGGAGUUUGAUGGGCUCAACUUGGACGGCAGUAGACAUUUUUCCAUAUCACAAAACCACCAGACAAUGUGGCACUAUUGCUUAUAAGAGACCCAAGACUGACUGGAGGGCAGGCAAGGACAUUCACCUGCAUUGACCAGUAACUGAAUACAAUAUUUUUAAAUGUAUGGAUAAAAAAGCUGCAUUGGUUUAUUUACUGUAGUUUUGCUUGAAUGAAAAAAAAUAUAUCUAUAUUGUGCUGCAUAUUUUCGCAAUCAUUUUCAAAUCAUGUGUUGGGAGACACAAAUCACUGUUUCAUGUUUAUAGCCGUGGAUAGUAUUAAAUGUACUUUAUUUUCUAACAUGCAUAACCAUCUAAAGGAGAGCUGCAAUGAUAGAUUUGGUUUUCUUUUUAAGUCAGGAUAUGAGAAUUUGCUUGGUGUUUAACACUGGUAGUCAAUUUAAUAAUUUGUAGUUUUGGGAACUACAAAUUAUUAAUUCAAUUUACAUUCCUGACAUAUCUGAGAAAAGUCCAAUCACUUCCAGGGAGAUCUUUUUCUUUCUGUUUUGUUUCGCCCAAUAGAAUGUGUUUGAGGGGUGACUCUAUUUGUGGGGUGUUGUUUCAGGCUGAGGUCAGCAGGGGUCAGUGUCACUGAAGGGAAAGUGUUCAUGUAUUAAGCCCUCACUGACCAAAGAAUGACCUCUGCUAUCAGUUUUGUUAAAGGGAAGACAAACAUGCAAUUCAAAUCCAGUUAUAUUCCUGCUUUCUGAUGGUGUCGAACUGUGUCUAAGUUACUCCUGCACUAAACAUGGCAAGCACACAGGCAACUUGUGCUUCACAGCAUUAAUGGACUAUUUUUCAAAUGUGUGUGUGUUUUUUUUUACCGUAUACAAAUAUAAAUAAAAUGAUACAACAUGA